UUUUCCUGCCGUCGCAAUUCGGGUCAUCUAACUUCUGUGAGGUAAAAUAAAACCCUAGCACAAUCCCCUCCCUGUCACGUCGCGCUUGCGAGCCCCUCGCUACUCGCGUCUCCCACUGUAACGUAUUUCUUUUUCUCUUUCGAUCUCCACUGCUCGCCGCUAUGGCCAGCACCGAUCCCGAACGCAGAGACAAAGAGGAGACUGAGGCUGUUGCCGGCGAGGACGAGGACACGGGCGCCCAGGUCGCCCCCGUCGUCCGGCUCGAGGAGGUCGCCGUCACCACCGGCGAGGAGGAAGAGGACGUCCUCCUCGACCUGAAGGCGAAGCUCUACCGAUUUGACAAGGAGGGGAACCAGUGGAAGGAGCGGGGCCAUGGGAGCGUGAAGCUUCUGAAGCACAAGGAGACGGCAAAGGUCCGGCUAGUCAUGAGGCAGGCCAAGACUCUCAAGAUCUGUGCCAACCAUCUAGUUCUUCCAACGACUAAGAUGCAGGAGCAUGCUGGGAAUGAUAAAUCAUGCGUGUGGCAUGCCACAGAUUUUUCUGAUGGGGAAUUGAAGGAGGAGAUGUUUGCUAUUCGCUUUGGAUCUGUAGACAACUGCAAGAAAUUCAUGGAAAUGGUUGAAGAGAUUGCUGAAUCACUUGGGAAGAAUGAAGAGAAAGAGAGCAAGGAUGCCUCAGCUGCUGCUGGUCUUUUGGAAAAGUUGACUGUUGGUGAAAGCAAAACUGAGGAAAAUGCAACAAAAGAGGUGCUUAUUGCUGCUGAUGAAAAGAAGGAAGAAGAGAAACCAAAGACAGAAACAAAACCUGAAGAACCAUCCUCUGCAGCUUAGGCCUGAUGGUGUAACGCUUUUGAAGAGCGUAGUAUAUCAUUUUCCUCACCUUCUCUUUAGGGUUUGUGAUUUAUCUUCACAAACUUGGUAGUUAUAUCGGAGACUGGAAAGUGGGACAAAAUGUGUUCAGAUAGAAUGGCCGAGUCAGUGAGUCUUCAGAGUCAGUUGUCGGAAAUAUUGUCAUGUAAUUGGUUGCUCAAACUUUCAAUGCUCUUUUUGAAGGGCAGGUCAGGUCUGGUGAAUGAGAGAAUGGUUGGCAUCUUGGAUCUAUUUGUUUUAAUGUUUGAUAUGGUUUUGUGACGGUCGUCUGUAAGUUUGUCCAGUUUUUGCUUAUUGGGUUGCAUGUCUUUUGAUUCUCCAUUUUGAUAUCUGAAGAGGACUUCAAUGGGAAUGUAGUGAAAAAUUGUUGGAACACUCCAAACUUUUCACAUUGGAUUGGAAAUAAAAUGAGGAUUUUAUUUGAGUCAUUUUUUA